GGUGCGAAUUACAUACAUACAAGAGGCGUCAAUCGAGGGGCCGGCUGGCGAGGUGAGGUCGCUCAGGCUAGAGAAUGGGUCAUCAGUAGGGUAUCUAUGGCGUGAAUCUGUCUAACAACACAACAAGGCAAGACAAGAGGCGCCUCCAAGAUUCUAUGCUACACACUCCGCGCCGCGCCCUCAUGCGUCACUCCAGCCGCCUUCGCUUGCGCCCUCUUGCCUGUGUGUGACACGCACACCAAACAGACCACAUUAUCCAUCUCCCUUUGUCAACCUUGUCGAGAGAGAGUGUGUGUGUGGCUUACCUCGUCUGCGUCGGCUGUCUCUCCAUCCCCUCCCCUUUCGGCUGUCUUGUCGAGCUCCUCAGCCGCCAGCCCCUUGGCCACCAACGCAGACAGCCGACCACGCAGCGACGGGUGACACAUCAGCGACUGGCCCAUCCUCUCCGCGUCAUAUGCACUGACAGACACACAGACAGACAGACAGACAUGUACAUGACGACCGACCCCCAGCUGGCAUCCAUAUUGUCUGUCUUUCAUGGGCCUUUGUGACUGAAUGCACCAACUGACGAGAAGAACUUUGGGGCGACCAUGGUUACGAAUCGGAUGGUCUCGUCGGGAUCCCUCAGCCAGACCUCUGUGGAUGCGGAGAAGAUGAUGCGCGGGGGAAUGCUGCCGGCCGUGGUGGUUGAGAGCGAGGGCGGGGUGGGGAGGGGCGAGAUGGUGGGGGGCAGGUCGCUGAUGCACGCCGAUAGGCAGGCAAAGGGGUUGGCCGCAGUCGACGCGAACGUGUUGCUGAAGACGUUGAGAAUGAGGAUGUUGCAGAUAUUGGUCUGCAGAAACAUUGAAACACACGACACACACCGAUGUUCGCGUCAAGCAUGCCUUGAGACCGAAUGGCCUUGUGUUUGAUCUACCUACCUGGUGCUCGGUCUUGUCCGAGCCCAGCUGUGCUUGUGCCGGUGCCGAGAAGAAGGCUUUGAAGAGCUCGGCCAGCAGGUCGUACUUGGCGUACACAACGCCCAGCCGGACGAGGUGGAAGAGCAGCGCCAGCAUCUCAUUCGUGUGAAUCGUGAACCUGACAUACACACAGACGGACACACAGACAGGUCGACGCACACACGCGGCCCCUUUCCCUCCUCUGCCCGCACUUACACAGGCUUGAGGUCCUGCAGGAGGAGCUGCGGCCUGUCCUGCGGCUGCAAAUUAGCUACGUUGCCAGGAAGCUACACGGACGAGCAAGACACAAACACAGACGUGUGUAUAUGUUUCCCCAUACAUAGGUCCGUCCCAUUCUCCUCCCCCAUCAAUGCGUACGCGGAAAGUGGCGAGGUUGUACUCACACUCGGGCAAGUCACUGAAAACGCCCAGCACCUCACCCCACACCUGGCCGUCGGGUCACGUGUCCUCCACGGCCUGCAGGAUGUCGGGCGCCAUGUUGGUUGACACCUCGAUGGCGUCGCACAGGGUGUUGGCCGUGGACAGGUAGGUGGCCGACACCUCGAUGCGCUGAAUGGUACUGGCGGCACACGUCGGGCGGCCGCGCUGCGAUUGGACGACUGUGCCUGACGGUCCGGGGUAGCCCUGCGGGGGGACGGUGGUGGCGCUGACGGCGAUGUCAGGCACUACAACGUGACACACACAAAAUGGCAAGCAGGCUACAGUGUGCUGUCUGACGCCUGCCUCUCCUUGCCUGCCCCAGGCAGACUUACAUCCGUAGGGCAUGUAGUUGGCAUUGGUGCCGCCCAGUGGGUCCCCCGUCCGCUCCAGCCGGAUGCCGUGACACCCUGACGUCUUCCAGUCGCCCUCUGUCGCCCGAUUGACCAGGUCAGUCAGACUCUCACAGUCGAACACGUGCAGCAGUGCCGACUGGAAGUCCGCCAGCUGGUCUUCUGCGAUGCUGAUCUGGCCGCGAGCGAGCAUCCGACUGAAUGAGCGGCAGAUGAGGAGGGCGGCGGUGCGAUGCUCAUCGCUCUUGCCCAUCGAUGCCAGCCAGGGCGCCACCUCCACGGCGUAUUUGGCGAUGGCGUGGCGGACCUGAUCCACAUCGACCAUGAACCGGACAUAGGCUCGGGAGAGGGAGCUGAGCGUCUUGACCAACGCCACGCAAUCGUCCAACUCCGCCAGCCAGUUCUGCACACACUCACAUAAACACACACACAGAGCAGGAGGGCAGCGUGUGUCAGUGAUGCAUUGUGUUUGUGCUUCUCACUGCUUUGACUGUAGGUACCAUGCGGCAGAUGUGUCUAGCGAUGUCUGUCCAGAGCUUCUCUGCCUCGGCCAUGUCCUUGAGACCCAGGAAAUCCAGCCCACGCAGCACCUUGAGGUAGUUCUGAUGCGUGAGGCACUGCAAGAGGCCAGAUCUGGUGGUAUUCAGGAGGAGCAGCUUGGCCGUCGCUGGCGAGAUGUCCUGGAUGGUCACCUCCCGUGCCUCUCCCUCAAUGAAACGGCCUUCGAUGACCUGACUCAUCCAUCCAUGGGCCCAUGACACCACACACAAAUAAGCAGACAAACGACGUGAAGACGUGAACGGAAGAAGCCAUCGCUUGCGGCUCGUUUUUUCAAACCGGAUCGAAGGAGGAGAAGUGCGCGGCCGCCAUCUCUGACAGCUCUAUCGUCUUGCCAUUCCGCAGGCGGACGGUGAUGUUUCCAUUGCUUGUGUCCGACAGCGACUCAAGCGACGUGCCCUGCUGGUUGCCCAUGCUCACUGCGAUUUGCGUUCUGU